AUGGAUGGUAAGGAAGGGCCCGUUAACGGGAGCCAGGUAACACACCGGAAGGCACAGAGCAGAAGUAAUGCGGGUGCGGUUGAAGAAAGUAGCAGGAGUGAAAAAGAAGGCAGAGAUGGAAACGGAGGCAAAGGCGGAACUAAGGAAAACGGUAGCGAACAGAACAGUGGAGAGCCAAACGGACAGGAAGGAGAAAAGAUAAAGAUAAGCACCAGGAGUAUAGUCCUAUUCCAAGUGCUCCUCUUUCUAUUGUUUUUUUUCGUGCUGCUCAUCGGGUCCUUUAACUUCAGCUUUAAGCUUUUUCAAGUGAGGGAAAAGCACCUGUACGAGCUCCUGAACAACAUAAAGGAUUUGCAGUCCUGUGGGUAUACACAUUAUCGCACAAAGACUGAAGAGGGUAGAGAACCCAUCCGACAGGAAAAUCUAGAUCAAUUAAUCAACUGCAGUAAUGAUCCUUCAAACGAAAGCUUAAAUUUCAAGUACUAUUUCACACGAGGGAAGCAUUACAAAAAGACGGAAAAAAAAUUGGAGAAAAUGAAAAAAAUGAAGAAAAGGAAGGAGGAAAAAAAUGCAGAUAUCAAAAUAUUCAUAUGCUUAAAUAAAAAAAAAAAAUUAUUCCAUUUUACCAAUUUUUACGAUGCCAUGCUAAGGAGUAAAAAAUGUGUACUCAAAAUUGUUACAUUUUUUUUUAACGAAAUAUGGAACGCCCUUUUUGCAAAAGAAUUGGAUAUCUCCAACCAUAUAGAAGAGGAGAACUUGUUGAAUCAGGAUUAUGUAAAAUUCGGUGGGGAUGUAGCUGCGACGUACGCCCGGUUCAACAAGUUAAUGCGUGUUACCAACUCGUAUAGGAGAAAGUACUACGUCGAUAUGGAAUCCCUGUUUUAUCUCUACCUGGACGAUAUAUGCUACUACCACGACUUCGCCCUGUUGGGGGGAACUCCCCUACCACAUGAUCAACAUAAGCUACAACACUCGCCGAAGAAGAAAGACAUUACUCUGUUGAUAAAGCACAUAAGUAAAUACUUGGAGGGCGAAGUCCUGCUGAACAUGCUGCACACGUUGUACUUGGGUAUAUGCGUGGACGGCGCUGUUUUGGCUAACUCCAGCAAAUGGGGGGAAAAAAGCUUGAAAGAAAAAUUUUCUCCCAUUUCCUUAAACAACGCACACAUUUUGGAAGACAUAAAAACGUAUGAAGGCUACUACAGGGUGUAUCACAAAAUGGAGAAUAUGCGAAACACAAGUAGGUAUGUGAUUUUUCUGAGUAGGAUAAAGAAAAAAAUAAAAACAAUAGCCAGUUUGAAGAGCCUAAAUGGAUGUUUCAAAAGAUACAUAGCAAAUUUAAAGACAAUACCUUUUUAUUUUUUUCUGGAUAAUUUUUUCGACACCCCAUGUUAUGUGUACAACAAAUUAAUUAGCAACAUAUUACGAUAUUAUUACAAAGGAAUAUUCCUCUACUUCAUCAUUCUUCUUGGAUGUAUUCACGUAUUUUUUUCUCCCUUCCCAAUUACAUUGGUACAUUUUCGUCGCUUUUUUAUUUACUUUUUAAUAAUCAUGUAUCGCCUCUUCAUUCUGUAUUUUAUUCCAUCCAUAAUUCAGUAUAUCAUUUAUAAAUUUCACUACUUCAAAGAUGAGGAGCACAUGCAUAUAUUUGACUACUCAGAUCAUGUUAUUUUAUUUUCCACCCUCUUGUUCAUUAUAUCUCUUGAAACGAAAGCUAUUGAGUACACCAUCAGGCAUCAGAAGGUCAGCUCUGAUUACUUCCAUUUUAAGUACAACAGAAAAUUGUGUGUGCUCUUGUUAAAGUUCAUUUUGUUUUAUUAUUACGUUCUUAUUUUUUUUUUCCUUUACACAAGUUAUUUUACUUCGAAAUAUUUCCAUACGACGAAUGAAAUUUUCGUUGCUUAUUUUUUUUCCACUUUUUCCAUAUUUUUUAUUUUUUAUUUUUGUUUAUAUAAAAAUUAUUUUAGUUUUUACAGUAUUGGGAUUACUUCCUAUGUGCAUAAGAAUGCCCUGCAUUCUCCCCCCCAUUCGUUUCACGCUUCCCCCUACAUUUACAGCGCCUACGCCUCCCUGCGGGAUAAGUUCCCCGUGGAUUGA